AUCCCGGGCCGGGCGGGCCGCGGCGCGGAGGCCGCCGGUGGCGGCGCCGAGGCCUCCGGGCGGCGGGGCGGGCCUCCAGCGCUCCCGGGACGCCAGGACCCCGCGCGCUUCGCCCCCGGGCCCGCGAGGUCCGGGCAGAGCUUCGCCGCCAGCGGCGCGGAAGGGCUAGAGGACCCCGGCGAGCUCGGGCUCCGCAGUGGUGACAGGAGGAACUAGGAAUCUCAGGCAAAGCAAAUUCUGCAAGCAAAUGUGGAUCCCAGGCCUCAGAAGGUAUGUGAAGGAGAAUCAUGACCUGCUGAGGAUUGGCGCACCGUGCCUCACUCCCGGGCAGUGACAGCAUGAAAAACACCCACCCCCAGGGUUCUGCGCAGACUCUUGCAGGAAGAAUUACUGAAUGGCUGACAUUUGACAACAUGCACCACCAGUGGCUUCUGUUGGCCGCAUGCUUUUGGGUGAUUUUCAUGUUCAUGGUGGCUAGCAAAUUUAUCACAUUGACCUUUAAAGACCCUGAUGCAUACAGCACCAAACAGGAGUUCCUGUUCCUGACAGCUGUGCCAGAUGCGGGGAAGUUGCCCGGAGAGAAGCACUUUCCUGAGGAACUGAAGCCCACUGGGAAGGUGCCUUCAGACAGCCGGCUUGUUCAACCCCUCGUCUAUGUGGAGCGCCUGGAACUCAUCAGAAACGUCUGCAGGGAUGAAGCCCUGAAGAAUCUCUCGCACACCGCGGUCUCCAAGUUUGUCCUGGACCGGAUAUUCGUCUGUGACAAGCACAAGAUUCUUUUCUGCCAGACUCCUAAAGUGGGCAACACCCAGUGGAAGAAAGUGUUGAUCGUGUUAAAUGGAGCUUUUCCUUCCAUUGAAGAGAUCCCUGAAAAUGUGGUUCAUGACCAUGAGAAGAAUGGCCUCCCUCGUCUAUCUUCCUUCAGUGAUGCAGAAAUUCAGAAGCGCUUGAAAACGUAUUUUAAGUUUUUUAUUGUCAGAGAUCCCUUCGAAAGACUGAUUUCUGCAUUUAAAGAUAAGUUUGUUCACAACCCCCGCUUUGAGCCAUGGUACAGGCACGAGAUUGCCCCGGGCAUCAUCAGGAAAUACAGGAAGAACCGCACAGAGACCAGGGGCAUCCAGUUCGAAGAUUUUGUACGGUACUUGGGCGAUCCAAACCACAGAUGGCUGGACCUUCAGUUUGGGGACCACAUCAUUCACUGGGUGACGUAUGUUGAACUGUGCGCACCCUGCGAGAUAAAGUACAGUGUGAUCGGUCACCAUGAGACCCUGGAGGACGAUGCCCCCUACAUCUUAAAAGAAGCCGGCAUAGACCACCUGGUGUCUUACCCCACCAUCCCUCCAGGCAUUACCGUGUACAAUAAAACCAAGGUGGAGCGCUACUUCCUGGGCAUCAGCAAACGGGACAUCCGGCGCUUAUAUGCACGUUUUGAAGGGGACUUUAAACUCUUCGGGUAUCAGAAGCCAGAUUUUUUGUUAAACUAAUGUAUAGAACUGUGAAUUCAAAUAUCUGUUAGACCAGAGGCUAACCAGGUGGGAGAUGUGAGCACAGAAAAGUCCUGUCCUCCACUCCACUCUUUCUGGAGACGCCGCAGCCUCCCAUGGACCUGGGCAUGCCUCGGCCGAUGAAGCUGGACCCUGACCGUUACAACUUAGUUUGGACAUAAGGUGCACUGAAGGCUCUGGCAGAUCCCCCCUCGGUCCCCUCCCCUAUCAAUGCCAUUAGGCCUUUACUCUCCUCAGAAGGGGAAUGGGACCAAACAUUUGCAAUCCGACAGUCUAGGAAGAAAAAUUACAUGGUGGAGGAGUCAUUUCCCUCCUUUGUCAGACCCACUAGAGGCUCCCCUGGAGAGGGAGGUGGUCCCGCCCGUCACUGAAGGAUUGCAAGAAUGGCACCCAGCACUUUGAGGAGAGAUGGAGAAGCUAAUGGUCUGCAAAAAUCACAGGGGGCUAAUACAGGAUCAAAUCUGAGUAAUAAAAUUACACCUGGCUUUCAUCUUGGCGCUGCUAUAAUCACAGAGGCAAACCAUUCUUUCCAUGACUCUUUUGUUCCUGUGAAACUCAGAGGUGACCCGAGGGUACUUUUCAGCAGUCCAUCUUUCCAGGAUCUAUGCCUAGGUACCUCUAGUCCAUGUUUCUAAACUGCCUGCCAAACAGUUGUCUCCCCUCAGCCCAAGAGAUGCAACUUUGGAAAGGGGUGUGUAUAUUCUUGUGUAUAUUCUUUCCACCUGAGAGAGGGAACAUCUUGGGGGGCCUUAAGGGACAUGUAGCAGGGGGAAAGGGAAUGCUGGUUGGGUUCUGGCGCUCCAGCUGCUGUGGGAUUGAGCACGCCUACUCUGAUUAUUCUCCUCUUUGUUGCCUCUGGAUGGACAAUGCCUAUCUGCAGGGCCCUCCGAGGCCAGAGGCAAGCCUGGGCCCCAGGCCGGCACCGCAGAAUCAGUGCAGUGUACACAUGCCAGUUUCCUUUCAUCUCCUCAAAAGACUUACCACUGGACCCAUUUCUGAUAAGGCCAUUGUCCUGGACUCUUAAGUUGGAUAAUCAAAUUCACCAGCAAUAAAACCCCGGGCCGAGGCGUCUUCCAGGCAUGGAGGCUUCCAUAGCUACUGUUUCAGAUGUCUGUGACAGUGAGGGCUCCGGGGAGACCGGCCAGGCUUCCCUGUGAGAAGUCCUGAGGGCCCGAGUCCGUGUGGUGCCCACGAGCCCAGGUUUUCUUAAGGCAGCCUCAACCUCCCCCUUCUCCAAAUGGCUUCCUGAGUUUGUAAAUGUGAAAGUAAAAGGAAAUAAAAAAUAUGUGCCAAACCUGCCAUGUGCUGCAGUUCCAGGGAACGUGCUCUGUGGCUACAUGUGGUCCUUGAGGCCCGGCGGAAGUGAGGGGCGGCUCUGGCCGCUUAGAUGGCUGCUGGUGACAGGACUGUGGAGGGGAGGCAAGGCUUGAGCGUGACCGUUGGCUGCGUUGAUGAAGGGCAGCCAGUGUGGUAGCCUUUUAUCCUCAACUGACACGCAAAGGAUGUAAAGGAGUUAUUUUCUAGGAAGUUUUAGCGGAGUCUUGUUAAAAUCAUCUCAUACCUGAUGAGCUGAUUACCUCUUUCUGUUUGAAACGUAAGUCUGAAUAACAUGUGAAUUUAAGGCCUUAAAGUCAGUCCUAAUUUAAAAAGAUAGCACUUCCUUUUAGAAACAAAAGGUUGGACACUGGGGUGCCAGCCCCACCCCCUACUUCUGGCAUUUAGAUUUAGGUCAUUUUUCUCUAGCAUUUCGUUCAUUUUCCUAACAUUUUGCCAAAGGAGUAGAGACUGCCACCACAACCUCUCCUGGGCAUUCCACAGUGUGUCCAAAACCUGCAUUCCUGCAGCCCUCCCUACCCAGCGGGGCUCCUGACCCUGCACGGCCCCCUGGAACUAUGCAGCCCCUCAGCCCUCACCAUUCACUGAGGACGUCUGGCUUCCUUCCACCUCCAGAACUCACUGCCUCCCUUCGGAGCCUGAGACAGCGUCCAUGCCUCUGUCUCCUGAAGCAGCUUUAUCCUCCGACACUGCUCAGAGGGAGAUUAAUGGCAGAAACCUGGAGCAAACCUGACUGCCUCUUUCCUGGUGUCCUUACUGGCAACAGCCAGGACCUCCCUCUCCCAACAGUCCCAAUCAAUGGGACCCUUCUCCGCUGCCCCCCACACUCCCCCACCCCACCACUGCUGUGAGGCCAGGCCAGAGGGGUGCCCCACCUGCCAGGGAGCAUGUCCUCUGCCUCUGGGUAAGGAAGAGAUGGGCAGCCAGAGGGCAACCCCUGGGAAAGUCUAGAUGAGAACUCAGAAGUAACAUUAAGCCCGGAUUUAAAAGAAGUAAGAAGCCACUCUGCGUCCCAGGAGUGGUCUUAAGAUAGGAAGGGCAAUCCCUAUCUUAAGUUUAAAAGUUUAA